AUGUUGCAACUCGGGUUAUUAUUCUUAGUUUCUUGGUGUUCAUUUGCUGGGGCGCAAAACACCACCAAUUCAGAUCCGAAUGAAAAAGUCGGCGGACAUCUCGGGUAUAUACCAAACACUGGGGCUGCCGUCAUCUUUUUCCUCUUAUACUUGGCUGUAGCAGGACACGCAACAUGGCUCAUCCUCCGUCACAAGGGGAGAUACAUGACUGCGUUGGUCAUAUGCGGAUACAUCUAUGCUCUAGGUUUGAUUCUGCGUAUUGCGUAUGGGAAAAAUUAUUCCAGCCUAGGGCUGUAUGUGUUUUUGAACAUGUGCACUGUUUUGUCACCUUGCGGGUUUAUAGCAACAGUCUAUGUUUUACUCGGAAGACUAUCUCAGCACAUGUAUGCUGAGGAAUACCUACUCAUUCGACCAAGUUGGAUUACAAAAAUUUACGUGACUUCCGACGUUUUCACUUUACUCGUCCAAGCAACAGGUGGGGCAAUGGCUGCCUCAGACGAUGCUGAAAAAGCCAAACUUGCAGGAAGGAUCUUCCUCGCUGGUUUGAUUCUACAGCUGAUAUCAUUUGCGACAUAUGUAUUUGUGUUUGGAAUGUUUAUUUAUUGGAUGAAGACCGAACGAGUUGUUCAGUGGAACGACACGCGAACCAGACCAUGGCGAAAGCACUGGAAAGGCCUUGUAUACGCCGUCAUAAUAAGUUGCGUAGGUAUAUUUAUUCGAUGCAUUUACCGAACCGCUGAGGGAAGUCAAGGGUUCAGUGGGCACUCUCUAUCCCACGAGGCGUAUUUUUAUGUUCUGGAUGUGCUUCCAUUACUUUGUGCUGUCGCUGUAUACAAUUAUGUUUGGCCUCCGGCAAUACUUUUCGAGACCAAAGAGGGGCCCGGAGCCGAGAUGAGCCGAAAUGCGUUUCAUCGAGAGGUUUGA